CAAUACAAACAGCAGUCAAAGAAAAUAAAUGGAAGUGGGAAAAGUAAGAAUACGUCAUCCAGUGAGCAGCCAGUCAGGUGUGGAACCAAGAAACAUUUGUCAUCCAGUGAUCUGCCAGUCUGGUGUGGGACUUGGUCACAGUGGAAGCCGGCUAUGGCACUUGUACCGUUUUUGGGUGUUCCGGAGGUCCUCAAGGUGGCUAAACCUGUACAACUAGAGGGAGGAAAGGGUUGUGUGCUGUACUACAGAUACCUCAUCAGAGAAGACAAACAACAUGAUUGUUGUGCCGGUUUGAGACAUGUGACAGAGAUACAGAAGGCAGGACGGGGACUGUAUGGAUAUUUCUGUGACCUAUGCAAGUUUACAUGCCAGGCACCAUCUGUCAUACAUCAGCAUGUAUGUGGGUACCAGCAUGUCAUCAAUUACCUGGAACAAGAUCAUCCGUACAUCUAUGGUAAAGUUCUGCUAGAAUCUGAGGAACAAGUGAAGAAAAAGAUGACAGAUUUCCAUGUGAGGGAACUGAGGCAGACGGAGGGGCUGGAGGCCAUUAAUGUAGUCAUGGUCAGGUUGAAGGACAAACAACAAGGAGAUAACAUCAAAUCAGAAACAGUUGCUAGAGAAAAGAAACAGUCCAAGUUACCUCAAAAUCUGGAUAAACAUCGUGCUUCCUUACCCAGUUCAGAGUCAUCAGAGAAACCCAAAGGAUACCAAAAACAUGCUGAGGCUACAAGAGGCGACCAGAAACCUGCUCAAAAAUAUGAAAAGUCUUCCCAGGUACUCAAAAAGCCAUCACAGAUGCAGCAGAAAGCACAGGUACACCAACCAUCUUCGAAGGAAUUCGGUAAAGCAUCAGAAACCAUCCAGAAACCUCAUAAAAGCCAAACGUCUUCUAAAGCACUCCGAAAACCAUCACAAAUGCAACAAAAGCCAUCGCAGGAACAUCAGAAAUCAUCACAGAUACAUCAGAAAUCAUCACAGAUACAUCAGAAUCAGAAAACAUCACAGAUGCAACAAAAACCAUCACAGGUACACCAGGAACAAUCACAGGUACAACAAAAACCAUCACAGGGACAAGAGAAACCAUCACAGGUACACCAGAAACCAUCACAGGUACAACAGAAAUCAUCACAGGUAUGCCAGAAACAAUCACAGGUACAACAAAAACCAUCACAGGUACAACAAAAACCAUCACAGGCACAACAGAAAUCAUCACAGAUAUGCCAAAAACUGUCACAGGUACGCCAGAAACCUGAGGUUGGAAAAAAACCAGAGCAGCAACAAAAAGAUGUUUUGAUACACAAAAAUGGACCAGUUUCUGCAUCCCAUGUGCGGUGGAAACCAGAAUUGGACAACAUCAAUAUUUACAAGUUGUUGAAGAUAGAAUGUGGUGAAAAACCUGUCAUUGGUUUGCAGUAUAUACAUGAAACAAUAGACAAGUCCUCGGAGGAUCCUAUAUCAUAUCAAUGUAAACUUUGCUGUUUGACCUUCACCAUAGCAACCAUAUGUAAACAUCUGACAAGUUUUGUGCACAGAUUCAAGUAUUUGGAGAAAAAUUAUACAGAAUUAUGUGAGCAGAUAAAGCGUGCUCCGCAGUUGUUAGAGAAUUACUGUUGCUGGAUAGAUGCAACAUAUGGUCGAGAAGAUUGCGUGCUGCGGAAAGUUCUUAUAAAAGACGGGAAAGACGGUAGACCAGUCUACAUAGAAAUGAAAUCUGUGACAGACUUAGAGUACACAUCACCGUGGAAAGAUGUGUAUAGUCUGGAAAAAUUGAAACAGAUGUCACAGACAGUACAGUCCAAGCCACAAAAACCCACAGCAGCUGAAGAGAGAAUCAAAGAACAGGUUAAAGACAUUAUGAAAGAUAUAGAAGACAAGACGGCAGAUAUCAACAAAAUUAGUCAUGGCUGUAGAGAGGGUCAGAACAAAAUGAUGACAGAUGCUGAGUCUACAGGUGUAGCUGCUAGUGUUGCAGAGAGGGCAGGUGAAACUUACAUCUGGAAAAAAGAAUAUGAGAAACUUCGUGAGAGGAUCAGUAACCAGGAAAUUGUCAAAUGUCAGAGAAGGUCCAAGUUCUUAUCAACCUAUGGAGACAAGGCUGGAAAAAUACCACUUACAGGUUUAAAGGAGAUUACAGAGUUCCAGCUUCCAGAUGUGAAUGCCCAACCCUGGUAUCUGUGUUUCCUGUGUGAGAAAAGACUUUGCUCCAUGAAGAUAUUUGAUCAUGUGACCUCCCAUGACCACAGACUGCAGUAUAUGAAAUCCAAUUACCAAUACUUGUAUGACCUUGUGACAUCUAACAACCCUGCAGCAAUGUCUGUUGACGGAUUUGCUAAGGAAAUAGCAAGCACUGAGGGGGAUGUGAGAGAGAUGGAGGUGAUGUUAGAAUUGAAUUCUGAGGUACAGAACAGAACCAUGGAGGUCAGAGAUAAAACAUCCAGCAGCAAUCAGGAGGUUGUAAGAAAUAAAUGUGAUAGAAAAAGACUUGGAAGUAGUGAUGUGUCUACAAAAACUGUAAGACCCGUGCUUAAAGAUUCUGACAUGCAGAAUUCUGAAAAUAAUCGUUUUAAAGAAAAUCUUAGCCUAGAAAAAGGAAACAAUGAAAAGGAUUGUAAUGUAAAACGUAUGAGAGCAGUCAGCAGCCCUGGAGGUAGUUGCAAUCGUGACAAGCAAAGAAAAACUCACAGGUCUGGGCCUGUGAAAAAUAGUGGGAGUAAUGACCCUCUAGAAAAGAGUUGUGAUCCAACUGAGAGUGCAUGUCAGAGGAAUGAUAAGUAUGUAAAGAGACAAAGUGAUGACAAGUUUUCUGCCGGAAAGGAAGGAGUUCCUAGAUCUGCGGAAAAUGUUCAGUUGAAAAGAACUUUAGAAAGUGAUAGUGGAAGUCAAGAAAAUGUUGAAAAACAGAGAACUGAUAGUCCAAGAAAGAAAAGAAUGAGGAGCCAGGCUGUGUCUGCAGUUGACUCGAAUCUUCAGAAAUCUAGUGAUAAAAUGACUGACAUAAAUCAAUAUAAAAAAGUAAGAGAUUCAGUGAAAGAGGAGAAAAAGCACAACACUUUACAACAGUUAAUAGAUGAAUGGCCUCAUACAUCCAUGAUAGGUCUUGACUACAUCUGUGAAAUAAAGCAUUCAGUGCGGGAAGACUUCCCCCCUCUGUACAGGUGUGAUAUUUGUGGUAAUACAGACAGUAAACACCUGGCAGCUAGAGAAAUGUUGUUCCAUGUUUGCAGCAGAAAUCAUCGUGAAAGUUUCUUUAAAAAUAUCAGAAAAGAUCUGUUUAUGGAGAUACAGUCAAACACAACAGACCAGAUAUCUUACAAUUCUCUACUGGAUCAGUAUGCCAAGCUGUAUCAAGAUAGGACCUCGGAAUGUUUUCAUACAGAAUCAGUGGAUGACGAUUUACUCUGGCAACGCUUCCAAACUCAAGAUAAGAAAGUGAAUCCGAGUACAAUCUCCAGCACAGUAGUACAGAUGAAAGCUGGUUCCCCUGCUGUAAAGAUAAGCUACUAUGUUUCACCAUCUGAAAUUCACCUCCAGCUUACUGACACAGAUAAAACUGCAGUAAAUGAGUUAAUGAAGGACAUGCAGGUUGUCUAUAACAACAGUGUACAUGAUAGUCAUGUUAAGUGGGAGGAAGGCAUGUUUUGUGCAGCUUUCUUGAUGUCAGAAAAACUCUGGUAUAGGGGUAAAAUCACGGAGAUUGCUACACCUGGACAAGGUUUUGAGGUUCUUCUCAUUGACUAUGGAAGUAAACACAGAGUUUCAGACCACAAUCUACGAUGUGUUCUCAAACAGUUCAGGGGGCUACCAUGUUUGUCUUUCUGCAGUAAACUGUGUGACCUGAAGCCUGCGAACAGUCUUGUUGAGUGGCCUUCAUCAACAAACACACUUGUUAAAAAUGUUGUACAGAGAAGGAAGUUAUUUCUAGAGAAAAAGGGUAGAGUUAAAGAUGGCAAGCUACCUGUUGAUUUACUGAUCGAGAGUGAAGACAAGCUGUCGGGAACGAAAAAAUACAGAUCACUAUCACUGAUACUACAGCGGGAAGGAGUGGCUGUCAAGGAAGGACUGGACAAUUUAUCAGCUGACUCAAAUUUUUCCAGCGGAAUGCCAGUCAAAACAGAAGUGAAGUCUGGACCUGUUUGUGAGAAUGAGAGCACCAGUGUUAGAGAAACAGAAGAAAGAGAAAAUUUUACCACAUUAUACAGUCACGACUCUACCACUGGUGACUUCUUAAAUCAGGGCAAUUUAUCUGGAAAUAUAGAUCCACCUAACGCUGAGUCAAGAUUCCCAGUGACUCUAGGUGUACAGUCACAAGUAUGUUUUGAAUAUAAUCAUGGUUUUACAGAUUAUAAUUCCCCGUUAGAACCCAUAGAAUCAUCUGCAAUGGACAGUUGUUUUGGUCUAAAAGAUAAUUCGUCAUACCGAUCAGAUAUAUUUUCUACUGAACAUCUGCAAGAACCGUUUGAAGUUCAUCCGGAACAGUGUAUGUCGGAAGAUCUUGUACCACAUAUCAAUUCAGACUUGGACUAUCCAGCAUUCAUGCAUGAUCCUUUCCAACCAAAUGAAAGAGUUGAAGCAUCAAGGUUCUUCGGUAACGACCAGUCACAUUAUUACGAUGGUACAAGAGUAAUGCAGGCCUCUACUGACUAUGAGGAUUCUAUGGAAAUAGAUUAUCCACAAAAAUCACAACAAAUGGUAAGGGAUCCACCAUAUCUUAAGUGUUCAUUUUCUGCAGUGCAUCCAGUCCAAGCUGUUCAGCAAGAUCUAGUAGUUGGGCAAGAAUUCUGUGGUACAACUGAGUUGUCCUUUUCUUCACUAAAAUCACUUGAUUCGUUUGAUUUUGGGGCGGCACAUGUAGGUUCUGGGUUACAUUUACCAAAAACAAGGCAGGAUAAAAGGAAAAGAAUGAGACGUAGAGGCAAACAUGAUAAGAAACAUUUUAGACCUUCAGAGGAACAUCUUGGACCUUCUAAGGAACAUUUUAGAUCUUUAAAUAGAUAUUUUGGACCUUCAAUUUCAAAUAAUAAAAAACUGAAAAGAAGAAGGAAUAGAAACAAACAAAAUCAAUCAAACAAAGUGGCAGGCGGAUUGCUACAUGAUGGAACCAGCACAAAUGAUAAACCUGUUGAAAAAGAUGAGUCGGGUAAAUCCACAAAAGAAAUUGGUAGUAAGGAAAAGGCGAGUGGAAUUUUGACUUCUGUUUGGGAAAGAUUGAACGCUUCUGAUGAGGAGGACAUAAACCUGAGUGAAAGUGAACUACAAGAACUGGAAGCUACUCUAAAUAGUAGUAAUCAGUUUGGCAGUGAUGCAUCUGACCAGGAAUAAUUUAGAUACAUGUAGGUUGUGCUUUUCCGGAUGUUAAUUACGGCCUGGUUGUUACAGUGGAAUUUGGUUCAGUGGUACAGCUCUUGCAGAAGAUACAAUUAAAAUUUAAUCAUGUUGUUCAUUCAGACUGGUGAAAGAGCAAAUUAAUUUAUCGUAAUUUUUAUUAGCUCGACUAUACGAAGUAUAUGGAGAGCUAUCCUACUCACCACGGCGUCUGCGUCUUUGCGCCUUCCCACCCUGGUUAAAUUUUUUUUUACACUUUCUUUUUUUUCUCCUUAUCUCUGUAAUUAACUUGAUGGAUUAAACUUAAAAUAGUUAAUCCUCAUCACCACCCACAUCAUAUGGCACAAGGGCCACAACUCUUACACCAAUAUUUCGUGAGUUAUCCCCCCUUUUACUUAGAAUUUCAGUUUAAAGUUUUGAUGCAUUUUCUAUCUCAGUUAUUCCUAAAUGGAUUUGAUUCAGACUGAGAGUAGUUGUUCCACAUCAUCUCCCACAUCACAUGACACAAGGCCCAUAACUCUGGUACCAAUAUUUAAUGAAUUAACCCCCCUUUUACUUAGAAUUUCAGGUUACAGUUUUGAUGCACUUCAAGUAUAUCUCAGUUAUUACUGAAUUGAUUUGAUUCAAACUUAAAAUAGUUGUUCAACAUCAUUACUCGCAUCAUAUGACACAAGGGCCAUAACUCUUGCACCAAUAUUUCAUAAAUUAUCUCCCCUUUUUACUUAGAAUUUCAGGUUAAAAGUUUUGAUACACUUUCACUCUAUCUCAGUUAUUACUAAAUGGAUUUGAUUUAAACUUAAAAUAGUUGUUCCACCUUAUCUUCCACAUCAUUUGACACAAGGUGCAUAACUCUGGCACCAAUUUUUCAUUAAUUAUGCCCCCUUUUACUUGGAAUUUAAGGCUAAUUUUGAUGCAUUUUCACAUCUCAGUUAUUAAAAAUGGGUUUGAUUCAAACUUAAAAUAGUUGUUCCACAUCAUCACCUACAUUAUAUGACACAAGAUGCAUAACUCUUGCACUAAUAUUUUAUGAAUUAUGCCCCCUUUUUGCUUAAAAAUAUACUAUAUAGUGUUUUGAUACACUUUAUCUUUACCUCUCUUAUUACUUAAUAUUUUUGGCACAGACUCAAGCUAUUGUGCAAUAUCUUCAUCCACCAUUGGAGUCAUUAAACACUCCAGUGACAGCUCCAGUUUCCUCAGAUGGGCCCAGUUUCACUAUCCAGCAUCAGAAUAGUCGAGCGUGCUGUCUCCUGUGACAGCUCUUGUUAGACUUCCAUUACAUUGUUUUUGAAAUACUUUCCACCAUACCUAUAGACUUCUUGCAGAUGUUCAAAAUAAAAUCUGAGAAGAGAUAUUUUGAAAGCAAAGUUUCGUUCAUUUUUUACUAUAUAGGAGGAUACAAGUUAGAUGUUGGUAUUGGACUAAAAUUUGAUUUUAUUGCCAACAUGCUUUUCAACAAAAGUAUUUUCAUUGUAUCAGUGUAUAUGUCAAAGCAAAUUUUUAUUUUCACUAUUUGGAUUUGUUGUUUUGUUAUAAAUACAUGUAAAAGAAUUCAA